CAUCCUGUGUGUGUAGCAGCGACGCGUACAGAGCACAGCCAGCCCAGCAGGCUCUGCUCAGUGACUGCUGCUAUGGUGUAUCGAGACGAAGUGGUGAGAUUAACGUCCCGGUUUAGAGUUAAGGACGAAUAGACUCGAGGAAGUAAACAAGAGAGGACUUGGAGCGCCUUGGAGAAUAUGAACAAAGCAGAAGCACCACGUCGCCCGACCGCCUCUCUAAAAUUCACUAUCGACAACAUCCUCAACCUCAAGACAAGCGGCAGUAACUGUGACACUUGUCACUCCGCCGGAUCGCAGGAUGAACUGGCCACAGCGAUGCGUAAAGACAGUUUUCAUCACGAAGAGAAAGGAACUCAAGCCAGACAGGACCCGGACAGGCUCAACGACAGUGAGUUAAUCACAGACUGUAGCGGAUCAACAGAAACGGUCGUCAUCAGCCGCGGGAAUCAGAGGAAGGUGACGGAGGCGCGCUUCGAGAGCGGGGACAGCAGCUGCGAUGACAGCAGCUCCCCCACCGCAGCCACAGACCCCCACAAAGGAGGGAGCCCAGGCAAGAAGAAUAAAAUGAUAACGAAAAAGAAAACACGCACUAUUUUUUCAAAGAGACAGAUUUUUCAGCUGGAGUCUACUUUUGACAUGAAACGUUACCUGAGCAGCGCAGAGCGCGCCUGCCUUGCCAGUUCGUUGCAGCUCACGGAGACCCAGGUAAAAAUAUGGUUUCAGAACCGUAGGAAUAAAUUGAAACGACAAAUUUCUAACGAAAUCGAGGGACCAGUUAGCGAUUUCCCCGAGACUGGAAAGCCUGUGGUGGUGGGGCAACUCCCGGCUUUGUACAAAGAGAGCAACCUGCUGGGGAGAUGCCUGCUGCCCGUGCCUCUGCCCGUGGUCUACCCGGGAAGUAGCACGCCUUACCUCUGCUUCUCAAACGCCAGCAAGUACUUCAGCCUGUAUGAAGGGGACGUAUGAUGCUUUUAACAAUUCCCUGCGUGAAAGAGACACUUUUAGUGGUCUGUUGCCAACUUUGAAGCAUUUAAGGUGGUUUAGAUGGAGGAGACGGCUCUGCGGCCUUAACUGUUGAUUAAGACUGCAACUACAGUGGCAGGGGAGUAGUUACAUAUCACAUACAAAUAAGCGGAUUCAGUAUUAUUUAUUUUCAGUCAUCUGUGGGUUUUGUAGAGGCCUGACACGAAACCUAUUGUUACACAUAGCCCUGUACAGAUCAUUCUCAGGCUACGCUAAUGAUAGCCCGAGGGAGGCCCAAAACAAUAUAAUUUAGAUCAUUUUAUUGUUUACAUUAUUAUUAUUAUUAUUAUUGUUAUUAUUGUUAUUAUUAUUGACAAACGCAUAUCCAGCAGCCUAAGCCACCAAAGAAAUUAUUAUAUCCGAUUUGCAUGCAUUUCCUAUAUCAUAAAUGAAUUUUGAAUUUUACUGAAAUUAUCUUUGUAUUUAAAUGAAUGUAAUUAACAUUUUAUUCUGUUUCACGCAUGUGUUUUGUUUUUCUGAAUAUUUUAUCAUUCUUACUUUGUUUCACGUUUGCCUGUGGGCCCAUUACACCUUUUAUUGAAAUUGUAA